UGAAGUGUCGGCCGUCGGUGGGUCGGUGGGUUCGCUUGGCUCCGUUCUCGCCGUCAUGCCGUGACUUCCUGGAGAUCACGCUGCCUUAACGGGAACACGCAGCAGGCAGCAGCAGGUUCCGUCGGUUCUCCCGUCAUUCAGACAGGAAGACCGGACUGACCACAGCGAGGGCUGCUGUGGGCGCUGCGCCGAACCGCUCCCUGAGGCUGGGUGUGUGUGUAUGUGUGUGUGUGUGUGUGUGUGUGUGUGUGCGCGCGCCAUACUGAGUUCCUGUGAGGGAAAUGCUCGGAGAGCUGAGCUGCUGUGAAAGCCUCUGAGGGAGACUUCUCAACCCGGCUUGUUAGGAGGCUUUAGCAAAGCUCGUCAGGCUGCAGAAAUGCUGCCUGGUAACAGGAAGCGACACGGCAGCUGUGACAGCCUGGAAGACCAGCAGCUGAUCCCCCAGGCCAAGAGGUCAGCAGCAGCCCCCUGUCUGCUGGUGUCAGACCUGGACUCUGAGUCCUGCAGCAGCGACAGCAGCAAUGGAAUCAGCAGUCCGGAAAGGGCAGCGGAGGCCAGCACCAGGCCGAGCCCACACCACCAGAAAUACUGCACAAGCCCGGAGCGCCAAGACUCUGCCAGCUCCUCGCAGCACCGUCUCCAUGGCACCGGGCAAAGCGCCUCCUACGACUACAUCAACAGGGUUCUGCGGGAGGCGCACUUUAGCAGCCUCCAGACGAAGGGGUGCCCAGGCUCCACGUGACCCUGACCUCUUCUGUCGUCUUUUAGUGCCGAAGCCUUUGACACGAUCGCCGCAUCCUGAAAGGCCUUGAGAGGGGCAGUGGCGGGGCCCGGUGUGUGUGUGUGUGUGUGUGUGUGUGUGUGUGUGUGUGUGUGUGUGUGGUUGAGGGUGACAAGCGCCUCGGCUCAUCCUCACCUCCCCGUGUCAUCGUUUGUUGAGACCAUAAGCACAUCCGCCUUUCCAUGGCCUGGCCACUGUGGGCUUUUCCCUGUGCCGUGUUGACGUGUAAAUGUGCGCGCGCGAGUGUGUGUGUGUGUGUGUGUGUACACACCCCUGUGCACUUUAUCGAGGAGUGUCAUUCUUUCUACACGCGCGUGUUGGUGCAUGGACAUUUUCAUUGGUGCUAAUGACAACAAAAGUGGGAUGGUGAUCCAAAGUGCUUGUGAAUUUAAAUAAAAAGGUAUACACUUUACUCAAC